AUGAAUGAUAAUGAAAUUACCCCUUUGGGGAAAGAAGUUUUGUUUGAUUUCUUAGGAAAAUGUAAAGCGCAACCCUCUGUGCCUGGGGUAGACUGGGCUCAGGGAAAUUGGCAUAAUCUGCAGAGCGUUGUUGAUCGGAUGGUUGCUUUACAGAAAGAUGCUAGAGUGCGGUCAGGAAAAGGAAGAGCUAUCAUUUGUGCCUUUCUCAGUGCUAGUUUGACCACAGCAGUAGAGGCUGGGGAUUGCCGCCUCAUGGCAGAAUCUCAAACUAUUGAAUCCCUCCAAAACCUCACCCGGUCCCUUCAGGGACAAGUGGUGGAAUUAAAAGAACAACUUGAAAUAGAAAAGAGCCAAGUGAAACAUUUGCAGACUGCUUUUAAGGAGCAGCUCCUUGUGGAUACUGUCCUUGUGGAAACUCCCCCCAGAUUAGAAAUUAGCUACCCCUUUAAUGACCUGCAGGCAGCAAAAGAGAGAGUAGAAAAGUUGGAACUGCCUUCACUGCAACACUUGGUCAAAACUGAGUAUAUUUACAAUGAUGAGCAGGACCAGUUCCCCCAGAUUACAACUAAAGAAGUCCCCUAUACCGCCACUCAGUUGGCAAAACUAAAAAAGGUAUUUGGCCAAAUGCUUAAGGAAUCAGAAAUGGAGUAUGCGUGGAGAGUAUCAUUGUCUGGGGGGGACCAGAUUUUGUUAAGUGGAAAGAAGUUGGGAAGGUAUUGGGGAUCAGGAGUGUUUUUAACUACUGGGAAUCACCGUGCCCCCUGGUCUUUAACCCAAUGGGCAGCCUAUUGGGCGGGGAGUUUGAACCCCUUGGAGAGUGGGGACCCCCUCGCGAUUAUGGGGACUGUUGAUCACACAGUAGAGAGUGUGCAGAAGGCAGCUUGUCUGCAGAUGAUAUAUGAUUGCAAAUUGGAGCCCAGGCAGGAGUCCUCAAUGAUGAUGUCCGUGGAUCCCGAGCAAAUUACUCCCCUUAUAAGGGGACUCUCUGAUUCUUUGAAGCCGAUUACUAUACAGUUACAAGGAAGGAUACAGGUGAUGCCCCAGGGCAAAAGAGUCGCAGCUGCUUUAGAAGGACUUACACCUGAUCAGCACCACUGACCCUCAGAUGAUAGGAAAGUGUGGACUUGGGGAGAAGUGGCCCGGGAAUUGAUUAAUUAUGGGCACAAGUACAGUCCCGUUAGUCUUCCUGCCACCAAAACAGAUUCCAAGGGCUUGAGGCGAGCGGAGGUAAAAAUAGUUCUGCACCCUGGGAGUGAUAAGAGAACACCCCUUGCCAAACUGCUCUGA